ACGAGAUCGCCUCCAAGACGGCGUCGACAAGACCGUCCCAGUAACGCAAGUCGAGAGGAAUCCGCCCUCUACUUCUGCAUGAAUCUCUUCAUCACGUCCGCUUUCACUUCAACUGCCGGUGAGCUCAACCUUUGUAACCUGGGCGCUCUCACGAAGCCCAACUUUCCUUCGCAUAGACUAAGUUGCGGUGGGGGCCAAGUUGCCUCAUCCGCUCAGCCUGUCACGGAAUGUGCUCUCCUUCCGGCAGUCCCGGCCAAUUAA